GGCCAUGUUGGAGCAGCGGAGGCGGCGCAGAGGCGCGUCUUGGGUCUCCGCGGCGGCGCCGGUACCAAGCGCUGGUUUGUGGACACCCAGGCAGAUCAGCAGUGCCUAAUGCCAUGAGUGUGGUGGUGCAGCAUGUGGAGGAGAAAGCUGUGCACUCCUGGUCGCGUAUCUCCACGGCAGGGAAGAAAGCCUUGGAGGAGGCGCUGCUUGUGUUUAAUCCUAUGAGUCAAGAUCUCAGUGCUACAGAGGCCCAACUUGUGGCCUUCCUGCAGGGCCUACGGGAUGAUGGCUUCCAACCCACUGUCUUGCGCAGUGGCGAUGUCUAUGGCUAUAGUUCUUGCACAGCCAGUCCUCCAAGCCAGACAAAGAUGGAAGCUCGUGCCCCUACCCCAGCUGCCACAUCACCUCCAGCUAGUGCUCCCCGAACUGCCAUGCGGCUGCCUGCAGGCCGGGCCACACUCCUCCCCAUGCCACUUUCUGGCAGGCUAGCCAAAGCAUCCACACCAACCCUCCCCAAGCAUGCUACCACCAACCUGCUGCUGAGCUCCCUGAAGCAGUCAAGUGCUAGCCAGGCCCGAGGUGCAGCAGUGGGCUUUCCAACCCACCUCUAUCCAGGCGUUUACCCUGCCAUGCGGCUCUCCGUUGUCCUCGAGGCUCUGGUUCCAUUGAAGACCCCCAUGCCCUGCUUGAGUGCCAAGCACAAGGCACAGUCACUGCAGCUGUCACUUGACUCUCCCCUGAAGCUGCAGAAGGGUCCAGGGAAAGGUUCAGGGAAUCCCUGUCCCAAGGUUCCCAGAAAAGUCACAAACAAGAGCCCAAAGUGUCUGACUCGCAAAGUCCCCAGGGCUGGACCCCAGCGAGGCUCUGGGCCCCAGAGCAAGACCUUUAAAGCUGCUGGGUCCUUUAAUGGCCCACAAGUGAAAGGGGGCUCUGCCCUGUGCACCAAAACCACCCAGGCCAAGACAGUGGCCAAAGCUGCCUCUACCCAGGUAAAAGCUAGAACAGUUGCCAAGACUGCCUCAGCCAAAAUGGCCCAGACACAGGCCAAGGCUGCCCAAGCCAAGGUGGCCAAGGCCCGGUCCAAAGACAAGGUGGCACGGAUUAAGGCCAAGAUGGUGCAAAUCAAGGCCAAGACCAAGACAGCACGGGCCAAGGCCAAAUCCAAGAUACCACAAAUCAAGGCCAAGGUGACUCGGACCCAGCCCAGGAGCAGAGGUAGGCCCAAGGGGUCUAUUCAGGUCAGGACUGUGAGGAGGGGCCAGAAGAGCCACCCUGAGACUGUGGGACAAAAACGGGAAAGAGCCGAGGAGGCAAAGGAGCUUUCUCCCCAGAAGAGAACACGGCUUGGGCUCCCAUCCCCUAAGGUGCGACUAAGGCCUGCCACAGCAAAGCUGCCGAAGUUCCGGGCCAUCAAGGUGGACAGAAGGUCCUCAGAUGAUGAGGUACGGCAGCAGGCUCAACAGAUCCUUCGAGUGAACCUUUCACCAGUGAUCCGGCUCCAGCCACUGCUGCCAUACUCCACAUCCUGAUUCCCUUACACAGCAAUGUUUGGGAGACUGAGCCUAGCCACUUGUGUGGCCAGCAGUGUGCAAGGCCCAUGGACUCCACAAACCCAAGGACUCUGGGUGCCUCUUGAGAGCCCUUGUGGCUACCAGCCUCCUUUCAAAGACUAGAGGGUAUUGGGU